AUGAAAGAUAGUGUAAUAUAAAAGGCAGCUAAAGGACUGUCUAUACUUUUUGUUAUGAAAAUAUUUUCAAGAGUUAUAGAUUUUGUACUAAACAUUCUAGUUAUAUAAGAAGUAGAACCUACCAUUUAUGGGCUAACUAUCCAUUAUAUGAUUUUGACCAACAUAGUUCUUUUUUACACAAAAAUGUGUCUGAAAAAUUCAUAUUAAAAAAGAGGAUAAAAGGCAAAUUAAUCUGAAAUAGUUUAGUCAGCCAAAAAUAUGAUGAUAUUUGGCAUUGGGUUUACAAUUUUUAUUGGAAUAAUUUGUGGUGCUGUUUGGUAUUAUUGGUAUAAUAAUUUAAAUGAACAUUUUACUUAAGGACUUGCAUGCUAUAUUUUAGCUUGUAUCAUUGAAAGUAUGUGUGAACCACUUCUAAGCAAGUUUGUUCUAAAUUUCAAUUAUUCAGUUGGAGCUAAGUCAGAAGCUAUUGCUGUUUUUACAAAAACAUUAUUCCUCUUUUUCCUAACAAAAGUUAAUAUCUUCCAUACUCUUGUUAACUUUGGACUGUCACAAAUUUUCUAUGCUUCAAUGAUGCUUUUAUGUUGUCUCUUUUUUGGAGGAUACCAAAGUUUGAUACCCUCUAAAGUAGAAGGUAAAGAUUACUACAUUACACCUGAAAUGCUUGAUAUGGGAUAUUAAUUCACUGUUGUGUCUGUUAUUAAAUUGAUAUCAUAGGAAUUAGAAAAAAUUGUUUUAAUUAAUGUGAAAAAAGAUGACGUAAAGCUACAAUCAGAAUAUCUUCUUGUUUCAAACAUAGGAUCUCUUGUACCUCGUUACGUAUAUGCUCCCAUUGAAGAAAUUAAUUUCAAUUUAUUUGCAAAGCUUUCUCAAAAGUCGAAUAAGCACAAAAGCGAAAAAGAAGAUGACAAUAAAGAUGAGAAAUAAAGUUUAGUUGAAAAUAAAAAUGUUGCUAAAUCUAAAUAAGAAAAUGAAGUAUCAAAGACCUAAGAAACUUAAAUUGAAGAGAAAAAAUAACUUCAUUCCGAAUAAUUAGAUUAAGCAAGGGAUAUAUUAUCAAAAGUUGUGAAAAUAGUUAAUAUUAUUGGUUGUUUGGCUAUAUUUUUUGGCAUACCUUAUGCUAAAGCUUUCCUCACAUUUUUAUACGGAAGCUUAUGGAACUACCCAGCUUGUGUUUUAGCUUUAUAAGCAUAUUGUGUUUAUGAAUGGGUUAUGGGUAUUAAUGGAAUUACAGAAGCAUUCGUUCAAGGCACUAUUGAGAAAUCAGAACUUCAAACUUACAGAAAUGCUAUUUAUUCAUCUACUUUCUUUUAUAUUAUAAGCUGUUACUUUUUAGUGGAAUAUGGAUCUGCAGGAAUUAUCCUUUCUUGUAUUUUAAGUAUGGUUUCUCGUAUUUCAGUCUCAUUCUUUUACAUUUAUAGGAAAAUAUUCAACUCUUAAAUGUCUCAACUUAGUUAAUUUGUUAUAGCCUCUCUUCCAAAUAAAAUAUUCUUUAUAGGAUGUGUCCUUAGUUUAUUUGUAGGUUAUUACACUACCUAGAUCUUAUUUCCCCAUAAACCCUUACUCCAGCUAUUAAUAGGAGGAGGAAAUGCAGGUGUAUUGCUACUUUAUUUACUAAAAGUAUAGGGCAGAGAAUUUAGAUAGUUAUUUGGGAAAGAAAAUUGA